AUGGUCCGCGAGUUCCAUGUCGGCAACCCCAAUGACGCCUCUCUCUACGCUGGAAUCCUGAUCUCCGCCUUCUCCCUUGCCGAGGCCCUGACGGGCAUGUUCUGGGGCGCCCUCUCCGAUCGCGUCGGCCGCAAACCGGUGCUUCUGUUCGGCUGCGCAGGCACAAUGCUGUCCCUCCUCAUUGUCGGCUUCGCCGCCAACUACUGGAUCGCCUUGCUCGGACGAAUUGUGGGCGGCGUCUUGAAUGGCAACAUUGGCGUGAUCCAGACGAUGGUGGGAGAGCUCGUCAAACGACCGGAGCAUGAGCCUCGAGCCUAUGCGGUAAUGCCGUUUGUGUGGUCGAUCGGGACCAUCAUCGGGCCAGCGAUUGGAGGCAUGCUUGCAAAGCCCGUAGAAGGUUUCCCCUCCAUCUUUUCCCCCGACGGCUUAUUUGGCCGCUUCCCCUUCUUGCUUCCCAAUCUCUUUUGUGCUGGUUUACUAUUGCUUAGCAUCAUUGGAGGCGCUGUUUUCCUUCAAGAGACCCAUCCAGACUUCCAGCCAAGGAGUCUUCUUCCCGGGGACAAUGACAACAUGUCGACGGUGGAAACGGCCCUGCUUGCGACAGCGGGCGCCACGGCCAACGCGGGCGCUGACCUGCGUGCGGAAUCCUAUGGAACCUUCAAUCAAGUGGAUAUGCGCCAGGAAGAAAGCUGGCGGGUUCACGCCGAUGGGUCCAAAGCGAAGGAACGACCUUCCUCCCCAGAAGACCAGGCCGUCUUUACGUGGCGGGUGACCAUGCUCGUCAUUGCACUCGGUAUCUUCACCUACCACUCGAUGACCUUUGACCACCUGUUUCCCAUUUUCCUGCAGGACGAGCCCAAAGGCGUCACUCUCUUCGAUCACUUUUCGCCGCUCCAUAUCCCUGGUGGACUAGGCCUUUCGACCCGAACGGUGGGUCUGGUAAUGUCCGUCGACGGCCUGAUUGCUCUCUUCAUCCAGAGUGUCGUCUUUCCACCAUUGGCAGAUUGGCUAGCCGUGUGGAGACUCUUUGUCCUAGUUACUGUCCUACAUCCCAUCACCUACUUUAUUGUUCCAUUUCUCGUCUUCCUUCCGCGCAACCUUCUCUUCCCUGGGAUUUACACCUGUCUGGUCAUUCGGAACAUCCUUUCCAUCAUCGCCUAUCCUGUUCUCCUGAUCCUCAUCAAGCAAGCCAGUCCCUCCACCACGGUGCUGGGAAAGAUCAAUGGACUCGCUGCAUCGGCGGGUGCUGCCUGCCGGACCAUCGCCCCUCCCGUGGCCGGUUUCUUGUACAGUACUGGCUCUCAAAUUGGCUGCACUGCCAUUGCCUGGUGGGGAAGUUCCUUCGUCGCCUUGAUUGGCAGCUUGCAGCUCUGGUUCAUGGACCGGAGAAAAGACGGAUCUGUCACGGUGAGAUCGGCAGCGCCAUGCCUUGCCGGCCGUCGUCCAUCGUCAGCGAACCAUCAUGAUGUCAUCCGUAUCAUUGUGACCGAGCCCGAUUCCUAUCCAUGUAGCGAGCCUUGA